GAGAGCGGCGGUAUCCUCGCGGACGAGAUGGGCCUGGGUAAGACGGUGCAGUGCGCGGCGUUCCUUGCGAGCCUCCGCUUCUCCCACCAGGCGUCGCGCUUCCUCAUAGUCACGCCGGUCAGUUUGCUGGAGCAGUGGCGCCGCGAGCUGAAAGACUGGACGGCAGGCAACGGAAUCGCAGUGCAUUUACUCCAUGGAAGCCCGCAGGAGCGGCAAGCUGCGUUAAGGGGCUUUGCCACCAGGGGCGGCGCAGUGCUUGUCUCCUUCGACCUCGCGCGGAAUCUCCUCGGCCGGGGGCCGGCGGUUCUCCGCACCGCGGGGCUGGCGGCCGGCGCCGCGCGCCCCACGAGGAGGCGGCAGCGGCAGGGCAAGCGAGGCUGCCGCGACGAUGACAGCCCUAGCGAGGUCGAUGAACCGUUGCCUCAAGCUGGGAUUGCUGGGGAGGAUCAAGAGGCUCCCUGGGACGUGGUGAUCGUUGACGAAGGCCACUACAUGAGGAGCCCGUCCUGCCAAGUCGGGAAGGCCUUGAGGAGGGUCAGGGCGCGGUCGCGGUUCAUCCUUACCGGCACGCCAGUCCAGAACAAAUUGGUCGACUUGUGGGCCUUGAUGGAUUUCGUGCAGCCGUCGCUCCUAGGGAACCACGUCACGUUCGAGAGGAAUUUCUCUGAGCAGAUUACGAAGGGCUCGAAGAGGAACGCCUCUCGGUUUGCCGUGGAGUUGAAGGAUCAGCUUGUGCGCGAGCUGAGGCACCUCACGGCGCCGCACCUGCUGCGGAGGCUAAAGUGCGACGUGGCGGCCGCGGCGGCGCCAGAGGCCUCGGGUUCGCCCAGCGCCUGCCGGCAGCAGGAGCUGCCGCCGAAGACGGACGUCGUCCUGUGGCUGAGCCAGACGCACGCAGAGCUCGAGCUGUACGGCAAGGUCCUCGACACGGACCUGGUGAAGAGCGCGUCGGGCCAGAGCAGGUGCGGGAUGGAGGCCCUGCGCGCCAUCGCCCUGCUGAAGAAGCUGUGCAACCACCCGCUGCUGCUGCUCCCGCCAGAGGAGGUGGACGCCUGGCGCAGGGAGGUGGCCUCCGUCGGGUGUCCGGAGGCCCCGCCGGCGGCCGGCACCGCAGGGCGGGCGGCCGCGGGCGCCGUCGCGCGGGCGGAGGACGGGCCCCCGGAGGCGCAGGCAAGCGAGGAGGAGGAGGCCGAACAUGCUGAAGACGCGGCCCCGGAGUGCCAGCAGGUGCUGCCUUGGCUGCGCGCGAUGAUGCCGCAUUCGGUGCAGGGUGGCCAGCUGCUGUCGUGCAAGCUGCGCGUGCUCUCCGUGCUGCUCCCGCAGCUGCAGAGGCGCGGGCACAGGUGUUUGAUAUUCUCCCACAGCGUUCGCAUGCUCGACCUGAUCCAGUCUUGCGUGCUGCGAGUGCUUGGGUUGAAGUUCCUGCGCAUCGACGGCACGGUGGAUGCCAAGGAUCGCGACCUCAAGCUCGCAAAGUUCCAGCAGCCCGACUCGCGGUACUUCUGCAUGUGCCUCAGCGUGCAGACGGGCGGCACAGGCCUGACAAUAACCGCCGCCGACCGCGUGAUCCUGGUGGACCCGGCGUGGAACCCGUCGACGGACGCGCAGGCCAUAGACAGAGUGCACCGCUUCGGGCAGAGAAAGGACGUCGUGGUGUACCGCUUGAUCACCGCGGGCACAAUGGAGGACAAGAUGUUCCGCCUGCAGGUGUUCAAGAGGGGCGUGUCGAAGGCGUACCUCGAGCAGGAGCAGCAGAUGCGCUUCUUCUCGCACAGGGAGCUCAAGCAGCUGUUCGAGCCCCCCUGCCAGGCGGCCUCCACCCAGGCGCUGAUGGCGGAGCAGAUCGGCGCAGAGGCCCUGGAGCACGAGGGCCUCCUCCGCGUGGUCGCCGGCGACGUCGGGGGCGCCGACGACCCGCACGCGUCGGAGUGGUGGCAGAGCAGUGACGUCCAGGGCUUCUCCGACUACCAGAGGCUAUUCAUGUUCCUCGAGCAGUCCAAGUCGAGCGAGGAGGAUGCUGUGGAGCAGGCCAAGCGGAUGACUGGGAAGUUGCAGCGUGAGGAGUACGUGAAGGAUCAGGUGGUCGAGAGCAAGUGGCGGAAGAACUUCCUCGAAGGCCAGGCCGCGACUUCUGCAGAGGCUGCUGUCGCGAGCGAGAGUGACGAUGAAGCCUCCGAGCCUGACACCUCGCGUACGGAGGCGCUUCAGGAGUUUUUCGUGCUUCUGUCGGAGUGUUCGGCCCUGCGGAGCCUGUACUGCGCCCACAACCCGAGCAUGCUCGGAGCGCCCCUCGCGGCGGUCUUGACUGGGCUGUCCAGGCUUGCCGUGCUGGACCUGGCUCACAACCACCUUGCUGUUGAUACGCGAGGUAGUUUCAGGCGGGAGCAGCCACUCCAGCCGCUCUUCAGCGCACUGCCUCCACGCUUGAGGACAUUGGAUUUGUCAUACAACUUGCUGCGGGACGACCACUGCGUGCUCCUGGUUGACGCAUUGCUGGAGCACAGUGGCGACGCAUCUUUUCUCGAGCAUCUCACCCUGAGGAGCAACUACCUCGGCAACGCCGCCGCGCACGCCCUGGCGGAGCUGAUGCGGCUACCGGCGGGGAGCGGCCUGCAGCGGCUGGACAUGCGGACCAACCAGGUGGAGAGCGCGGGGGCGUGCUCGCUGCUGGGGGCGCUGCCGGUCCAUCCUCGGAUGCAAGAGAUCCGCCUUGGCUACAACAGGCAGAACUCCUCGCAGGACCUGGUGACCUGCGACUUGGCGUGCCUGCUGCUCCACAAGGCCAUCGUGGCGGGCGGCAGCGCCCGGCUUCAGGUGCUGGACCUCAACAACGUCCGCGUCGGCGACAUUGGCGCCGCGCGCAUCGCGCAGGCGCUCGUGCGCAACCAGCUCCUCAGGCAGCUCCACAUGGCCUUCAACAGCGUAGGCCCAGACGGCGCCGAUGCAUUUGCCAACGCGUUGGACAACAAUCGGUGCCUCCAGGUGCUCGACAUCCGCGACAACGAGGUGGGCGACGCUGGCGCCGAGGCCAUCGCGAGGGGCCUGCACGACAACUUCACGAUGAGGAAGUUGCACGUCGCGCGCAACGGUAUCGGCCCACGUGGCGCGAAGGCCCUCACGGUGGCCGUCCAGCAGAAUCCGCGCCUCGUGGUGGACUUUGGUGCCGGGGGUACUGGCGCAAUCGGCUUCCGGGACAAGGCGCGGAAUUUUGGACUGGACUUGUGA